CAGCUGAAGGAGAAGGCAUCAGAUCCAAGGAGACCUCCUCGUCCAUUCCCACGCAUUUACUCUCAUUUUCCCGCGUGCGCUUUUUUAUUGCAAUCCUUCGAAAAGCGUCUGAUUGAUCCGCUCGUGUGACGUAUGUGCUGCAGAUGACGCGUCACGGAUGAAUAUGAUGCGCUUUAUCUUAGACUGCCUGCGGCCGGCACGAGCCCGCUCUGCAGCCGCUGCCAGGGACGUGGAGCUUCAGGCUCAGGGUAAAGACACUUCUGAGGAUAUUGAAAUCAAGGGUCUGAAGGAUGAGGUGCACAUCGAGGAGGAGACACUUCAGACCACUAAGGCUUUGUGUCGAAACACACAGGAGACUGUUGAGAAGCUGGAGGAGAGGAAAACACUCCUGAAGGAGGAGCUAGAGAUGAUCCAUGACCUCCAGAAGCAGGAGAGGGAAGUGCUGCAGUGUCUACAGGAGCAGCAGCAGGAGCUGGAGCAGACUCUACAGCAGUACGACACUGAUCUGUCUGCAGCCGCUGAAGACCUCCUGCAGCUCCAGAGGGAUGUAGCUUACGCUAAAACACACGCAGAAAGCCUGCACGUGCGCAUCGCUCCACUGCAGGACGUCUUUCAGGAGAUCGUACAGGUUAAAAAUAAGCUGAGUGAGCUGGUUGCUGGCCUCAUAACAGGAGAAUGCACAGCGUCUGAGAUCACAGAAGAUCAUUGUGUGGUUUUGGAUCAGGAUUUGGAUGGAAAAAUGGAUGAUGUAGAAAGCAAGUGUGACAGCGAGAACAUCCUGUCUGAACAGGAGGGAGAGGAAAUGGAUCAUGUUGAGCAGGAGAGCGCUGUAGAGGAGCUUGAUAAAAUGCAGCGUUCACUGGAGAACUUGAAGAGCAGUGGAUCGUCAUCUUUCACUGAGAUCACAUUGACCGAAGUUAAAGAAGAGGAUGUUAUGUUCAGAUCGACAACUCCACAGUCGGACUCUUCUGAUAUGGAGAAGGAAGACUUUGAGAUUAUCCAACCCAGUCAAGCAACAAACAGACAGUUUGAUUUCUUCCAUCCAAACCCCUUCACUGAUGGUGAUGUAUUCGGAGAUGACCAUUUUCCAAAGGUUGACGUGACCGAGCAAUUGCCAAGGGAUCCAUUUAAAGGCACAGAUCCUUUUGCCUCUGAUUCUCUCUUGGUCGCAACAUCAGAUGAAGAGCAAUGCCCUGAUGCCUUCACCACCGAAGACAACAGUUUUCCAGACACUUUACACUACCCUUUUCAAUCUGCCGGAAAGGACUAUGGUACCUUUAAUGCUCCCAUCAACAUGCCACUAGGUGAUGAUUUCAAACAGACAUCAAAAAACACUGAGUGUUCUGAGUCUACUCUCAAAUCUUGCCCUGAUGCCGAUGUUGAGGUUGAAAGAAAUGCCACAAGAAAACAAAUUCACGAAUAUGUGGAACCAGAAGAUGUCAGCCCUGAGAUCAGCGAAGAGUUUGUCCAUGAAUCAGGAUCUAGCUCUACAAUCUCUGAUUCCUUCGAGGUUGAUCCGAUUACGUUUGCUGAAGUCGACAGAGUUGAAACUAAAGCCGGACCCAGUUUUAUUAAAGGACCAAACUCACUAUGUGGUCUACAGAGCAUUAUCGCAGGCUCCUACACUGGGUUUCCUCUAAGUCCAUGCGAUCCCGAGCCAGUUUCAGGCAUUAGUGACAUUCAAAAGAUUUUUGAACAUCAUAUCGCUUCUGAACAACAUGCUUUAACUGAUAAAGUUAGUUGCCAUUCUGAACUUGAAGACAAAAAAACAGAGAGUGUCUCCCCAGAUCUUGAAAAUACCACUCCAGGUCUUCAAAGUGAACACUUGCAAGAUAUAAACAGUAAUACCUCAGAGUCUCAGCCGAACGCAUUAGAUGUGUACGACUACAAGUAUGGAGAUAUGUUCUUUUUUACUGUGAGAUUAGAUCCUGGUAGCCCUGAAUUGCAUAGUCAUGGUCCAGUUUGUCCAGAGACAAAUGACAUAAAAAAAGACGAGUCCAAUGAUCAGUUGCCUUGGAAGGACACUACUUUGAGCCCAGAAUUCAAUGGUGUAGAUGAAUUAGACUGUUGCAGUCCAAAGUCUGAAGACACAGAAGAACACAACCAGAAUACUAAUGGUGGUCAAAACGGUUUUGAUAACAGGGAUCCAGAUUAUGACGCUAUUAUCGACCCUAUAGGUAAUGAAAUAUUAGAGUCUGAUUCUGAAAGGUCAGAGCUACCUAUUCCACGUUUUACAUUUGAUGAUUCAGAUGCCUGCCAAAGUGUGCAUAAUUCAGAAUGGGAUGACGAGGAAUAUCCGAAUGCACCUGAAGAUAUUCCUGAACCAACAAUUGAGGAUACACCAAAAUCUACAGAUCAAGACCUCCUUUGUAUGUUCAGCAAUACAGACACAUCAACCACUGAUCAGGUUUGUGCGGAUGAGCAACUCUUAACUGAAUUCAGCAGCUCACAAAAACCUUCUGAAAACUCAGCCAUGAGUAAAUAUGAACUGCAAUAUUUUGACCCCUUCAGUCCAAUACCUGCAGAGCCAGUUGAAUGUGCGUCUGAUUUAGACGAAAUUAACACUGCCAACUCUUUCUCUCAUGAAGCACCAAGGCUAGAUUCUGGUUAUCAUGAAGUUGGCACUCCUACUUAUUUUAGUCAAGAACCUACUGACAAAAUGAAAUGUAGCAUCGAUCUUCAAGAUCCAGGUUUGGCCACCAGUAAACAAAGCGACUCUGAAAUACACGUCGCUGAUCCGUUCAGUCCUGAAUCAGUCGAUACUGGAAUAUUUGACUCGGAAACGGAAAACUGUGAACCUAGUUAUAUGACAACCAAGUGUCAACUAUUCAGUCCGUUAGUUUACACAGAUGUAAAUAAUGUGGAGGAGAAGCAGAUGUCAUUUAUUAAUAACGUGUCCUGUGAUAUCCUCAGCGAUCAUCUCAGUGGAUCUGAACCUGACGAUUGUUUUCCUUUCGGUUCUUGUCCAUCUAAUGAAGAAAGCUAUGCUUAUAGUAGUGAAGGACUCACACAAGAUGGAUCAGAUGGAGAAUUCAAACCUGGAUCGAUGAUGGCAAACGCUAGUAAUUCUUCUGAAUUAAUGGACUCUGCGUGGAGAAACUCUGAAAUGAGUCUUUCCAACGCUGACAUGUUUGACCCAAUGAAAAACACCAUUUUUGAUUUUGAUACUACUGAUGUUGGCUCAUUUAUGCCUGACGUAAAUCAACAUGUAGAAGACGGCGAAAAAGUGACGAAAAAGGCUGAUCUUGUUGAAAUUGACUAUUUCUGUUCUGAGCUCAGUAAAAUGGUGUCUUCGAGUUCAUCCGAUUCUGUUCAACAAAGUGUUGCGGAGAUGUUAUUUGGCUCUGAGCCCAAUGCCUCAAGCUUUUACCCCUGGGAUUUUGAAAAGCAGCAACAAAACUGCUAGUGUUCACUUCCUAUAGGCUUUAAUCCUAUGGAGCCAGAUCAGUCUCAGAAAUAAUGCAUUUACAAAAUAUAAUUCAUACAUCCACAACACAUUUCACAUUUAAAAAGUACAAUUCGUGAACACACAAAUCCAACUCGUAAAUUCAAAAUAUGACUCAAAAAUACACAAAUCCAAUUCAUAAAUUCAAAAUAUGACUCAAAAAUACACAAAUCCAAUUCAUAAAUUCAAAAUAUCACUCAAA